ACGUCGUUUACGAUCCAGGAAAAUCCGCCUAAAAAUGGUGGACCUGAAUGGAGAGGUGGAUAUUUUUAAGAAUACAAAGUAAGCUAACUCUGAAAUUUGGAAGAAAAUAAAGUUCCUGUGCUUCGUGGCAGUUAGUAGGAAUUUAUCGAAUCGCAUUUUAUAACCGCUUUAAGCCGGUCAUGAAGCCAGGAUCUGACGACUUUCUACCGCCGCCUGAAUGCCCAGUGUUUGAGCCUAGCUGGGCGGAAUUCCGAGAUCCACUUGGUUAUAUAGCGAAAAUCAGACCCAUUGCUGAGAAGUCUGGCAUUUGCAAGAUUCGUCCUCCUGCGGAUUGGCAGCCUCCUUUUGCUGUAGAAAUUGAUAACUUCAGAUUUACUCCUCGAAUCCAGAGGCUAAAUGAACUGGAGGCCCAGACUAGAGUAAAACUAAACUAUUUGGAUCAGAUUGCAAAAUUCUGGGAAAUUCAAGGGUCAUCAUUAAAGAUACCUAAUGUGGAGAGGAAGAUCUUGGACCUUUACAGUCUUAGUAAGAUUGUGAUGGAAGAAGGUGGAUAUGAAGCAAUCUGCAAGGACCGUCGGUGGGCACGUGUUGCCCAGCGCCUUAAUUAUCCAUCAGGGAAAAACAUUGGUUCCCUGCUACGAUCCCACUAUGAACGUAUCAUUUACCCUUAUGAAAUGUUUCAAUCUGGAGCCAAUCUUGUGCAAUGUAAUACAGAACCAUUUAAUGGUGAAGGAAAAGACAAGGAAUAUAAACCUCAUAGCAUCCCUUUUAGACAAUCGGUCCAACCAUCAAAAUUCAAUAGCUAUAGUAGAAGAGCAAAAAGGCUACAGCCUGAGCCAGAACCUUCAGAAGAGGAUAUUGAGAAAAAUCCAGAGCUAAAGAAACUACAGAUAUAUGGGGCAGGCCCCAAGAUGAUAGGCUUGGGCCUAGUGGCUAAGGAGAAGACUCUGAGAAAGAAAGAUGGCAUGCAACAAGAUAAAGAAGUAACCUGCCCGCCAACUGUGGUAGUGAAGGAGGAAGCCAGUGGGUUUGGAAAAGUGUCAUCACUUUCUGAUGAGGACCUUAAUCAAAGUCUAGAACCUUGUACCAAGAUGACUAUGCAGCUACGGAACAAUCACAGCAGUACCCAAUUUAUGGAUUUAUAUGUUUGCCGAAUAUGCUCUCGUGGGGAUGAAGAUGAUAGACUUCUGCUCUGUGAUGGUUGUGAUGAUAAUUACCACAUCUUUUGCCUAUUGCCACCCCUUUCUGAAGUCCCCAAGGGGGUAUGGAGGUGCCCAAAGUGUAUCUUGGCAGAGUGUAAGCGUCCCCCUGAAGCUUUUGGCUUUGAGCAGGCUACACAGGAGUAUACUUUGCAGAGUUUUGGUGAGAUGGCUGAUUCCUUCAAGGCUGACUACUUCAACAUGCCUGUACAUAUGGUACCUACAGAAGUUGUUGAAAAGGAAUUCUGGAGAUUAGUGAGCAGCAUUGAGGAGGAUGUGACAGUUGAGUAUGGAGCAGAUAUUCACUCUAAAGAAUUUGGCAGUGGGUUUCCUGUAAACAAUAGCAAAUGGAACUUAUCCCCUGAAGAAAAGGAAUAUGCUACCAGUGGUUGGAAUCUGAAUGUGAUGCCAGUGCUGGAUCAAUCUGUUCUUUGCCACAUCAAUGCAGACAUCUCAGGCAUGAAAGUUCCCUGGUUAUAUGUGGGCAUGGUUUUUUCAGCAUUUUGUUGGCAUAUUGAGGAUCAUUGGAGUUACUCCAUUAACUACCUGCACUGGGGAGAACCGAAGACCUGGUAUGGGGUACCUUCUCUAGCAGCAGAACAGUUGGAGGAGGUUAUGAAGAGACUGACACCUGAGCUGUUUGACAGCCAACCUGACCUCCUACACCAGCUUGUUACUCUCAUGAAUCCAAACACUCUUAUGUCACAUGGAGUGCCAGUUGUUCGUACAAACCAAUGUGCAGGGGAAUUCGUUGUUACUUUCCCUCGUGCUUACCAUAGUGGCUUUAACCAAGGAUAUAACUUUGCUGAGGCAGUGAAUUUUUGCACUGCUGAUUGGCUACCUGCUGGACGCCAGUGUAUUGAACACUAUCGCCGCCUUCGGCGCUAUUGUGUCUUCUCCCAUGAGGAGCUCAUCUGCAAGAUGGCUGCAUUCCCAGAGAAACUGGAUCUGAAUCUAGCAGUGGCAGUUCACAAGGAGAUGUUCAUUAUGGUGCAGGAGGAGCGACGUCUACGAAAGGCCUUGUUGGAGAAGGGCAUCACGGAAGCUGAGCGAGAGGCCUUUGAGCUGCUCCCAGAUGAUGAGCGUCAGUGCAUCAAGUGUAAGACCACGUGUUUCCUAUCAGCCUUGGCCUGUUAUGACUGCCCAGAUAGUCUUGUCUGCCUUUCCCACAUCAAUGAUCUGUGCAAGUGUUCAAGGAGCCGACAAUAUUUACGGUACAGGUAUACAUUGGAUGAACUGCCUGCUAUGCUACAAAAGCUAAAGAUGAGGGCUGAGUCUUUUGACAACUGGGCUAACAAAGUACAAGCAGCCUUAGAGGUGGAAGAUGGACGGAAAUGCAGUUUUGAAGAGCUAAGGGCAUUGGAAUCUGAGGCUUGUGAGAGACGAUUCCCUAAUACUGAACUGCUUCAGCGACUGAAAAACUGCAUAAGUGAGGCAGAGGCUUGUAUUUCUCAAGUUAUAGGACUUGGUUACUCAGAGGACAGGUUAGAAGUCCCACAACUCACCUUGACUGAGCUACAGGUUCUUCUCAAACAGAUGGAUGCUCUGCCCUGUGCCAUGCAUCAGAUUGAUGAAGUUAAGGAUAUUAUGCAACAGGUGGAGGCAUACCAGAUUGAGGUCCAUGAGGCUCUAACUUCACUGCCUUAUAACUUAGAACUACUUCAAUCCCUUUUGGAAAAAGGCCAACAGCUUAGUGUGGAAGUGCCUGAAGCUCGCCAACUUCAGGAAAUGGUGGAACAGGCACAAUGGCUAAAUCAAGUGAAGCAAGCCUUGUCUUCCUCAUCCCAGAGGCUUUCUCUAGUCAUCAUGAAGAAGCUUUUAGUUACAGGAGCCAAGGUACCCUCUAGCCCUUCUGUGAACAAAGCUCGAGCUGAGUUACAAGAACUGCUGACUAUUGCAGAGAGUUGGGAGGAAAAGGCCCACUUCUGCUUGGAGGUCAGGGAGAAACAUACUCCAGCCACUCUGGAAGUUAUAAUACGUGAGGCAGAAAAUAUUCCUGUCCAUCUGCCUAAUAUCCAGUCUCUCAAGGACGCUCUGACUAAGGCACAGGCUUGGAUUGCUGAUGUGAAGGAGAUUCAAAAUGGUGAUCAUUACCCCUGUUUGGAUGACUUGGAGGGCUUAGUAGCUGUGGGUCGGGAUUUACCUGUGGAGCUAGAAGAACUGAGACAUCUGGAGAAUCAGGUGCUUACAGCACACUCUUGGAAAGAGAAAGCUUCUAAGACUUUUCUCAAGAAGAAUUCUUGCUACACACUGUUGGAGGUUCUCUGCCCAUGUGCAGAUGCUGGAUCAGUCAGCACCAAGCGUAAUCGGUGGAUGGAAAAGGAGAUGGGGUUAUACAAAUAUGACACAGAAUUGCUGGGGCUGUCUGCACAGGACCUCAGGGACCCAGGAUCUGUGAUCAUGGCCUUCAAGGAAGGGGAAGAAAAAGAAAAGGAAGGUAUCUUGCAGUUACGUCACAUCAACUCAGCCAAGCCCAGUCCCAUGUCCUCAUCAACCAUUGCCUCUGCAACCUCCAUCUGUGUAUGUGGGCAGGUCCAUACAGGGAUGGAAGCUCUGCGAUGUGACCUCUGUCAUGACUGGUUCCAUGGACAAUGUGUGACGGUACCACACUUGCUCAGCUCCCUAAGGGCCAGUCCUACCUCAUCUCACCUGCUAGCUUGGUGGGAAUGGGACACUAAAUUCCUGUGCCCACUGUGCAUGCGCUCAAGGCGUCCACGCCUAGAGACCAUCCUGUCAUUGUUAGUAGGACUACAAAGACUGCCUGUGAGACUGCCUGAGGGUGAGGCCCUGCAGUGCCUCACAGAGAGGGCUAUUGGUUGGCAAGGCCGUGCCAGACAGGCCCUAGCUUCUGAGGAUGUGACUGCCUUAUUGGAUCAGCUGGCCACAUUCCGCCAACAGCUGCAGAAUGAAUUGAAACAUGAAAAGACCCCGACCUGUCCUUCAGACCUUGCCUCUGACUCUCUCAGAAAGGGUAGUGGCAAGGAUAUCCUUAAGGAAGAGGAGGUGGUACUAAAUGAAGAUAGACUGAUAAGUCUUGAGAAGACUCUUCCAAAGGAAGGUUCAUAUAAAGGAGAUGAGGAACAGCUGCCGUCACUAUUAUCACAGUUAACUGGUCCUGUAUUGGAACUGCCUGAAGCCACCCGGGCCCCUCUAGAGGAGCUUAUGAUGGAAGGAGAUCUACUUGAAGUGACCUUAGAUGAGAACCACAGCAUUUGGCAGCUGCUGCAAGCUGGGCAGAGUCCCAAUCUAGAGCGGAUUCAUUCACUUCUAAAACUUGAGAAGCCUGAGAGUCCAGGGAAUCCAUCAAAGGAACAGACACAAGGAAGUCAUCGACGUUUGAGGCAAAAGGUGAAUCUGAGUAGAAAGGGGGAGUAUCUUACUCAAAAAGAGCUAGAAUCAAAAAGAGCCAGAAGUUCAAGGAUUAAGCCUAAGGAAAAACAGUUUCAAGAUGUAGCAUGUGGGGAAAAUACACUCUUGACAAACCCUACAAAACAUGCACAUAUAUUAAAAGGUCAUAAGAGUAAUGUACACCAGGAUACAAACUCUUCUUCCACCUCCUCCUCCUCUUCUUCUUUUUCUCCCUUAACACCUUUGCUACACCUAUCUUAUUUUCAUCAGCAAGAAUUAUAACAGUAGGAAAAAUUUGAUUUUCCCUCAUUCUUUCCUUAGUUCUCACUUUUCCAUGUUUUUUCCAUCUCCUUUCUCCCUUUUCUUUCUAUUACUCCCCUAUUCUCCCUCCAUUUCAAUCGCUUUGUACAUUUUCCCCCCUGACUUCUUUCAGUACCUCAAAAAAAAGUAUUUAUUUCUUAUUUAGAACUUUUCCACAAAUUAUUUUAUCCUUAUUCCCAGUUCAUUUAUAGCUCAGUUCCUAAGAACUAUGCCCUGUGAACAUUUUCAAAAAUUCUGUCAGCAGUAUUCCUGGGACUAGGAAUGAAAAAGUAGUAUCCUGGGUUAAUCUGGAAAGAGGAAAAUAAAAUUUGAGAAUGUUAUACUUUAUUAAACUUUAUUUUUAAAACCUUCACCACCCUCUAUGUAAUCCCCAGAUUAUGUACUACUUAUUAAAAUAAGUCUUAUUUUAUCUCUUACCUUUUCCUCUUUGGUUCACAUUGUGAGAAAACAUUGUAUGUUGAAAUGACUUCUUAAGGAAAAAAAUAGAAUAAUGCAAACUUAUUCUAGU